AUGCAGGUUGUGCAAACAUCCCAGGGACUGUACACAGAGACAGUUCAUGAAGAUUCCAGAUACAUGGAGCUCAACAUCCUAGAGCGCAUAGUUAAUGAAAGUGAGGAACCAAGCCCUCUAGAUUUUGCACUUCUACAUAGCAUCACAGAAAAUUUCUCUGAGAAGAAAAAAAUUGGUAGCGGCGGAUGUGGAAUUGUUUACAAGGCAAUUAGAAGGUGGAAUCACCGGUGGAUUAAAUCAAUGAAACAAUCAUCGUUGGCUUGCCAACAAGUGAAGAAGUGUCUCGAGUUGGCCCUAAGAUGCAUACAAGAUGACCCGACAGACAGACCUGAUAUAUCAGACAUAAUAGACGAGCUGAAGGAAAUAGAUACUACAGAUGGCCAAGCCCAAAUCCAGAUAAGCUAUUGUUGCUUGGAAGACAUCCUUGGGAUUAAGCCACUGGAAAUACACAGUCCCUUUGAAGACUUCAAGAUAUCGCACUCGAUAGAGCUGACCAACGAUACGGAUGAUUACAUCGCCUUCGUCACAAAGGCAAAGCUAGAACGCUUCUGCACAGAGCCAGACAGAGGCAUCGUGCCACCAAGAUCCAAGUGCAGUGUCACUCUAGCAAUGCAAGCACAGGUCAAUGCGCAACCAAAUGUGCACUACACUGAGGUGAUCACUGUGCUGAGCACCAGAGUUGAUGGAGCUCUUUCUGUUGAUGCCAUGGAUGUAACCUCAGGAGAAAUCUUCGUUGACAAGGAGGGUAAAGUGGUUGAUGAGGUGAACGUGAUGGUUGUUUUUGGCACGCCACAAUUGGCAGAGGAAUAA